AUGGGUUCUUGGAAAGCUUUCCUCUUCUCUCCUUUCCUUCUGUGGAGUCCAAGUAGAGGCGUGAGGCUGAUGUUCUUGCUGCUGACCCUGCAUCUGGGAAACUGUGUUGAUAAAGCAGAUGAUGAAGAUGAUGAGGAUUUAACAGCAAACAAAACUUGGGUCUUGGCCCCAAAGAUUCAUGAAGGAGAUAUAACACAAAUUCUCAAUUCAUUGCUGCAAGGCUAUGACAAUAAAUUUCGCCCAGAUAUAGGAGUGAGGCCUACAGUAAUUGAAACUGAUGUUUAUGUAAACAGCAUUGGACCAGUUGAUCCCAUAAAUAUGGAAUACACAAUUGAUAUUAUUUUUGCCCAAAGCUGGUAUGAUAGGCGUUUAAAAUUCAAUAGUACAAUGAAAGUGCUUGUACUUAACAGCAAUAUGGUUGGGAAAAUUUGGAUUCCUGACACUUUCUUCAGAAACUCAAGAAAAUCUGAUGCUCAUUGGAUAACGACUCCUAAUCGUCUGCUUCGAAUUUGGAAUGAUGGACGAGUCCUAUAUACUUUAAGGUUGACCAUUAAUGCAGAAUGUUAUCUUCAGCUUCAUAACUUUCCUAUGGAUGAACAUUCCUGUCCACUAGAAUUUUCAAGCUAUGGAUACCCUAAAGAUGAAAUUGUCUAUAAGUGGAAAAAAACUUCUGUAGAAGUGGCUGAUCCUAAAUUUUGGAGAUUAUAUCAGUUUGCAUUUGUAGGGUUGCGGAACUCAACCCAAGUUUAUCACACGAUGUCUGGGGAUUAUAUGAUCAUGACAAUUUUUUUUGACCUGAGCAGACGAAUGGGAUAUUUCACUAUUCAGACCUACAUCCCAUGCAUUCUGACAGUUGUUCUUUCUUGGGUGUCUUUCUGGAUCAAUAAAGAUGCAGUGCCUGCGAGAACCUCACUGGGCAUUACCACCGUGCUGACCAUGACCACGCUGAGUACCAUUGCCAGGAAGUCCUUACCCAAGGUUUCCUACGUGACGGCGAUGGAUCUCUUUGUUUCUGUGUGUUUCAUUUUCGUUUUUGCAGCCUUGAUGGAAUAUGGCACCUUGCAUUAUUUUACCAGCAACGAAAGAGCAAGGGCUGCUAGAGACAGAAAGCUAAGACACAAGGCCUCGAUAUCUCCUGGACUCCACCCUGGAUCCACGCUGAUCCCCAUGAAUAGCAUCUCUCUGCCACAAGGAGGAGACGAUCAGGGGUACCAGUGUCUGGAGGGCAAAGACUGUACCAGCUUCUUCUGCUGCUUUGAAGACUGCAAGACGGGGUCCUGGAGGAAGGGAAGGAUCCACAUCCGCAUUGCCAAAAUGGACUCCUACUCGCGAAUAUUUUUCCCAACAGCAUUUGCUCUGUUCAAUCUGGUUUAUUGGGUUGCCUAUCUUUACUUAUAA